AUGUUUGGCUACAUCCUAUCCGCUGUUGUGUCCUUCUUGCUACUGUCAUACUUCAUCAUAUGGCCCGUUGUUCAGUAUCUCCGUGAUCCGAAAGGGCUUCGAAAGUAUCCUAAUCUCAACUUUGUUUCUGGGAUUUCGAAUCUUAGUUUCUGCUAUGAGGCCCAUAAGGGGUUCCGAUCCCACGCGUUACUUGAAGCACACCAGAAAUCCCCAGUUGUUCGCAUUGGGCCUAACUCUCUUUCUUACUCUGAUCUUUCGGCCAUAAAAGAUAUCUAUGGGCACAACACCAAAUGUGUCAAGGACGUGUUCUAUGAUGUCUUAGCAGGUUCUCAUCACCAUCUCGCUGACGUUCGAGACAAAUUGGACCACCAACGCAAACGCCGUAUUCUCUCAAGUGCGUAUGCUUUAAAGAACCUUGAAGGAUGGGAACACAAGGUAGCCGACAAGACGGCGCGCUUCAUCAAGGCCGCAGAUGAUCACUGCACCGAGCCUUUGAAGAAAGGCAUGGUUCCCGCACCCGAAGAUCUCGCGUUCGAUUACCGUGCUUGGGCCAAUUUCUUCACACUUGAUGCCAUUGCCGACAUAGGCCUCUCUGAACGCUUGGGUUUCCUCGACCAAGGUCAUGAUCUCGUGACUGCCGAGACCAUAGAUGGAAAGCUCUACCAGGUAAACUAUCGGGAGUGCCUGCAUGCAACUGCUAGAGCCCAAUCAGGGCUCGUGUGGUCCUAUGAGUGGUUCCCUGUCCUGUCAAAGAUUUCAUAUCUCGUCUCCAAACACUACCGCAAAAUGUGGAAGCUCAACAAGGACUGGGACGCCAUUGUCUAUCACAGGGCCAAGAAACGACUUGCACGCUACCGCGCGGGGGAGCCACUCGACGAUUUUUUCUCUGCUUUGUUGGCCGAUAAGAACGGCAGCCCAAAUGGUAUGGAAUGGGGAGAGAUCAUUGCUGAAGUGUCAAUUAUGAUGAACGCGGGCUCUGAUACUACAGCCAUCGCAAUGAACAACGCAAUGUACCUCCUGCUCGCCAACCCAACGAGUUUGGCAAAACUCCGAGCAGAGUUGGAUGCCGUGCUCGAACCCUCAGAAGUCGUGGCUCCUUACGAUAAAGUUCGACAUCUUCCCUAUCUGCGCGCUUGCAUAGAUGAAGCGCUCCGAAUGUAUCCCCCCACCACAUUCGGACUCCCACGACGAACUCCUCCUGAAGGGGCAGCUAUCCUCGGGGACUUCAUCCCUGGCGAGACGUCCGUUUCCAUAUCUGCAUAUGUCGCGCAUCGGGACCCUAAAGUAUUUCCCGAGCCUGAGGAAUAUCGGCCUGAGAGGUGGCUGGGAGAUGAUGCAAGGGAGUUGCAGGCGGCUUUCAUCACGUUCAGUACAGGAGCCAGAGGCUGCAUUGGUCGCAAUAUAUCGUAUCUUGAGCAAACGGUCCUACUUGCAAGUGUUGUUCAUAGGUUUGAAUGGAGUUUGCCGUAUGAGGGGUGGGUGCCGGAGCGACGGGAGUCUUUCAAUUUAAUGCCUGGCCCGAUGCCCCUGAAAGUAUGGAGAAGGUUUGGGGAUAAGGAUUAG